UUCAGCUGGAAGCCAAAUCCUGUUCCCGACGAACAAUGCUUCGAGACGAUCAAAGCUGCGAUUGACAAUGGGUGCAACAUGCUCAACUCUGGCGAGUUCUACGGCGUCAACCCUCCCGAAGCGAACCUCGAGCUGCUGGCGCGGUUCAUGUCCAAGUACCCCUCCUAUUCGGAUAAGUUCUUCCUCUCCGUCAAGGGCGGGCUGCAUAACAUGGUCCCCGACGCCUCGGAGGAGAACCUGCGCCGCUCGGUCGACAACAUCAACUCUAAGCUUGGGCGGGUGAUGGACUUGUUCGAGAUGGCCCGUGUGGACCCGAACGUAUCGAUCGAGACUACUAUGGAGAGGCUGGAGAAACUCAGGCUUGAGGGGAAGUUCAAGCAUAUUGGCUUGAGCGAGGCCAGUGCGGACACGCUGAGGAGGGCAUGUAAGGUUGCUAAGGUCGCGGCGAUCGAGAUCGAGAUCAGCCCGUGGUCGUGGGAAGAGGAGACGCGGAAAGUGAUCCAGGGUGCCAAGGAACUCGAUGUCGCUGUGAUCGGUUACAGCCCGCUUGGUCGCGGGUUCCUGACUGGUCGGUUCAACUCCAAGAACGACUUUGACGACUUCCGUCGGGACUACGUGCGGAUGCAGGAUGAGCACUGGGAGGCGAACACCAAGCUUGCCAACUCGCUCAAGGCCCUCGCAGAAAAGAAGGGCAUCACUACUGCCCAACUGUGUAUCGCCUGGGUCGCCUCUCUCGGAGAGAAGGUCAUUCCCCUUCCCGGGGCGUCUCACGUCAGCCGGCUGUUGGAGAACAUUGCUGCGGUUGAUGUGGUGCUCACUGAGGAGGACGUACAGGAACUGCAUAAGAUCAUGCAAGAUAACCCGGUUAGCGGAGGCAGGUACUCGGGACAUGGCGCCAAGUUGAUGUGGGGGUAA